UUUGAUUAGUUUUGAGGGAUAAUCUUGGAGAGUUAAAAUAGAAAGAGAGGAGCUCAAGGCUCAAAAGAGAGUCUUGAGGAGGGUUCUUGUUGUAAGAAACAAGAAGAGAGGAAGAAAGUGUGGGAAUCCAUGCACCAAUUUUCCAUUCUUUUCCAUGGCCACACUCACAUUGACUUGAUGCUCCAUUCAAUCCUCCACACUCCCAAUGAUGGAGUGAUUUCAUUCUAGGCCUCACUCCAAUCUCCUCAUGAUUUUGUGUAGCUCCAUAGGACCAGGAGAAAGAUCUUCAAGAACUUUGGUGGUAGACUCACUGGGUAGCUCCAUAGAAGCAGGAGACAGAUCUUCAAGAGCCUUGGUAGAUUCACUGGGGAGGAAGAAAGAGAGGAGAGCUCUGUGAGGAAGGAAGAACUCUUUGGAGCAAAGAAAAGGAGAGAAGAGAGGAAUCGAUGAGCACUUGGAUGGAUACACCCUCUACAUCCUCCCCGGAGAACUCUUCCCCUUCUUCUUCUUCUCCUUCUUCUUCCUCUCUCCGGGGAUGGGCAUCCAAUGCCACCGUCGCAGUGGCGAUGGCGAUGAACCACAGCAUCCCCGCGGGAUCGUCUGGCAGCCCUGCAGGAUCCAGCGUGGAGAUGAGCGCGCGCUUCAAUCCCUCCAUGGCGAUCAUCAUCGUGGUGCUGCUGGGCACAUUCUUCUUCAUGGGGAUCCUCUCCAUCUACGUGAAGAAAUGCGUCACCACCGAGGCCGACCUGGAGCGCCACCAGAUUCCAAUCGCGAGCUGGACGAUCGAUCACAACCCGCGCUGGGUAUCGCAGCGAUCGUCCUCGGCCGGCGGCCUCUCGUCGCUGCUCCAGAUCCAGCAGCAGCAGAUCCACAUCCAGAGCCAGCUGGGGCUGGACAAGGCGUCGAUUCAAGCGCUGCCCAUCGUCGUCGCCAAGCCCACCGCCAAGAACCCUAAUCACGAGUGCUGUGUGUGCUUGGGGGAAUUCCAGGAGCAAGAAUUCGUGCGCCUCCUCCCGGGAUGCGGCCAUUUCUUCCAUGUCGAGUGCAUCGAUCUAUGGCUGCUCGCGCACACCACUUGCCCUCUCUGCCGAUUCAAGCUCACCCCGGACAACGUCCACGCCGCCGGCGCCGUGGUCCUCGAUGUCCCGCAGGAAUCGCUGGAAAAUCUGCCGCAGCAGCGGCAUCGAGCGCCGGAAUCCAGCCGCAUUCGCUCGAUCAUCGCUAGGGUUUGGGGUUUCCAGGGGGAGCGCGCGCGCCGGGGGCAAGAAUCCGCGAAUUCGGCGCAAGACGAUCACCAAAAUCCACGCCAGGACGAUCAUCAUCAUCAUCAGCAGCAGCAGCAGCAGCAAGAUCACGAGCAGCAGCCGCAAGCCCACCAGGAAAUCUCCGUUUCUCCCAGCGAUGCAUUGGAGCAGGGGAGCGUGGUGGAUCAAGCACAGCUCCAAGAAUGUGGGGACCAAGAACAGCAAGAACACCACCACAGCUUGGCACCCCUUUUGCUACUCAAGAAGGUAUGGAAUGUUUUUCGGUGCUGGAAAAUGGGGAGAUUGGUUGCAAGUGGGGGAAUCUUUGGCAGCAGCAGCGGCAGCUAGAGAGGGAUCCAAUGCGAUCCUCGCAAGAUUCCUCGCAAGAGCAAGAACUAUACAUACUCCAAGAACAAAACCAAAAAAAAGAAGAAAAAUUCGAUCUUCGCCUUUCUUGGGCUCUUUGGCACAAAGGAAAGGAAGUACUCUCUCUCCUCUAGACAUCCUUCCUGUGUAUACGAGACGACUGUGAUGAAUUGGGCCGUAUAGCAAGGGGGGGAGGAAUUCGAUCGAUUGAUCGUAGCUGGCCGUCUUUGCUUGUAUAAAAGCCGACCAUUUCUAUCGUCCUGGCUUUGGUGCUUCUUUGAAUUCGCCUGUGCCUUCUCUUUACUUC